GUGUGUAACAGAGCAAAGAGCACAGAAGGAAAAGACACACACGCACACUUGCAAUCUACUACAAGACAUCAUGUUGUUCCUCCUUGUUGGCAUUUUUCUCCUGCACAUCAUUACAUUCGCCCUCCUGCUCGCUUCCACCAUCGAGAAUGCCUGGUGGAUUACUGGUUCGAUGUCCACUGAUAUUUGGUUUCGGUGGCUUUGGAACGGUGUUCAGUGGAACAAAACUGCGCUUCCACCCAACUAUCCUGAAGAUUACCUCCACGCAGUGCAGGCAAGCUCUAUAUUAGCGUGUGUGUUUUCAGGUAUUGGCUUGUUUGUGUUCCUCGCUCAGCUCUUCACACUGCCCAAAGGAAAACGCUUCAUCUUGUCUGGAGCCUUCCAGUUGCUGGCCUGUCUGUGUAUUAUGAUCGCCGCCUCUAUCUACACUGAUAUUUUCCACAAGAAUGACAACGGAUGGUAUGGUCCAAGUUUCAUCAUAGCCUGGCUCUCCUUUGCUCUCACCUUUGUCUCCUGCGCCAUUUACUUCGUACUGCGCAAGAAAACAACCUGAGGAGCUCACAUACUCCUACACAUUCCUACAUGCUCCUACACACUCUUACACAGUCCUAGACACGCACACACACACACACACACACACACACACACACACUCACACACACACACACACGGCUUGAUCAGGUGCAUGUCACUGUAUUGUAGAAAGAGAGGAUUGUUUUUCAUGCAUAAGAAUCAUUUGCAUGAAUUAAUUAUGCACAUAAUUAAUCAUUUACCUGGAAAAUGGUGCAGUAAGAGGGGAAAAAGAAAAUCAGAAAAGAGGGACAAAGUGUGUGUGUGUUUAAAAAUGUAAACAAACAAUGGAUUAGUUCUUUAAAGUAAAUUAAAAUUAAGCUGUCACAUUUGUGGGGAAAAUUCUUAGAUUGAAAGAUUUAUUCUGUAACGUAUUGUACCACUUUUAUAAUGUUAGAAAUAUUUUUAUAUUCUGGGUGAAUAUGAAUAUGAAUGUGUUCUAAUGAAUAUAACUGGAAUGAAAUGUAAUUGUGUAGUAGUUGCUAUUUUAAUACAAAUAAUCCAAUUUUGCAUAUCAUUUAUUUGCAUAAAAACUCUUAAUGUG